AUGGAUAAAAAUCAGACACAGACAACAGGAUCAGAUUUUGCGAAUAAAUUUUUUACGCCUGAAGAAGGUCGUCAUUGGAAUAAUUUAUUAUUUCGAUUACGCAGCUUUGAAGAGGCUGUAUGCAAAAACUUCCGUAAAAUCGAGUCGAAAAUUUCUGAAGGACAAAAUUUGCCAUCAAAUUCGUCCUCAUCUGAAAUUGAUAAAAUAAAUGCUUUAAUAGAUGGAAAAUUUGAAAAAUUAGAAAAUCAAUUUAAAAAUUUGAAACAAAUUGUAAAAGAAGAAAUAUCUAAUUUAGGAGUUGAUAAUGAUUUAAACAAAACAAAAAUGAAGGAAAUUGAAAAUAAAAUGGAUGAUAGAGAAUUAAAAGAUGAAUUAGUCUUUUUACGCUCUAAAAAUAUGGAAAUAGAAAAAGAACAAAUUUCACAAAUCCAACGCCUAAACAUCCUAGAGGAAGGGAUGGAAAACGUUGAGAAUAAUUUAUCUAAAAGUGAGCAGAAAAUAGCAGAAAUUAUUACUAAAAAUGCGCGUAAAUUAAUUGAUAAAAUUGAAAGUCUUGAAGCAAAAGUAGAGGUUUUAGAAAAUGAAUCGCGAGGAUCCGGAUUUUCAUGGAACGGUCACGGAAGUAAUGAAUCGUUUGACCUAAAUCGCAAGACUAAACCUCCUGAAAAAGCGUUGGAAGCUGCUGAGAAACCCAUUACUGGAGAAAAUGUUGAAAUUAUGAUUGGAGACCCAUUCUUAAACGGUCUAAUGACCCCGGUCGGAGUCUAUGAUGGUAACCCGACUAGUUCAUUCUCAAAAUUUUUCCAGCGAUUUAUGGAUGCUCUGAAUUUAAUAAUUACGCCCCUUAAUGAAGCACAAAAGCUAAGUCGUCUAAAAGUUUGCCUGGGAGGUCGCGCUCGCGCCGAACUUGACGCUAAAGUACCACAACCAACCACACUGCAAGAAGCUAUAGAUUUCCUGCAAGAAAAAUUUGUAAAUGGUCAUUCUCGUACUGUAGCUAGGCAAGCCCUAUCUAUAAUAAAACAAGCGCCUGGAGAAAGAGUUUUUGAAUUCGCACAGCGUUUAAAUGACGCAGUACGUGCUGUAAUGAUUGGAUAUGAAGAAAAUACAAUACAGCAGCGAUUGCUAGAUGAAUUUUUAGAUAGGCUUUUGCCAGAUCUUCAAUUCGAAGUUAAAGCUGCUAGACCUGAUGACUAUUCUAAGGCAUUUGAAGUUGCCGAACAUUUUGAAUUAUUAUUGAACGAAAAACGCCAAAAAUAUCAAAAUAACCAAUACGUUGAUUUGGCAGAAAAAGUAGAAGCCCUAGCAAUUAAUCGGUCUAGAGAGACAAGACGCUUAUGCUAUUACUGCCAUAAACCUGGACACGUUAUAGCAGAUUGCCGAAAUAGAGCAAGAAAAAACUAUAAAGCUCGCCAAUAUAAUAAUUAUGAGCGAAGAAAUUAUCAAAAUAAUUAUUGGGAAAACAGAAAUAAUUAUAGAAAUGAAUAUAAUAGAGAUAACCGCAGAUAUAAUGAUAGAAAUCGCGAAAAUUAUAGAGAAAAUUCACCAAAUAAUUAUAGCCGGUCACCCACAAGAAAAGUGAGAUUCAGUGAAAGCCGAGUUGCAAGUCCAUUAAGGAUAUCUAGCCCUUAUUUGCUAACAAUUUUUGCACUUAUUGCUAUUAUAAGUCCCGCUUUGGCUAGCCAUGGACCACAAAUUGAAAUGAAUUGUCCCGUAUACUCACCCGUUACCUUUAAAGAGAAAACAAUCGACAAUUGGAAAAUGACAGAAUUGCCCAAAGAGAACAUAUUUUCCGCAAACUUCGCGAGCUUACUCAUAUUAAAUCAAAUUUGGAUAUUUCUCGCCUUUCUAUUUGCUAGUACUAUACUAUGUUUACUGACGUUUAUUUUAAAGCAAACUUUGCGAAACAAACAAGAUCUAGAGAAAGAAAUUAAUGUAGCAGAAAUCGCACCUGGGUAUGACAAUACAUGCGAUGAAUGGUUCAGAAUAAAAACUAAAAUAAAUGGAAAAGAAAUAAUUUGCCUAUUAGAUUCAGGAGCACAUGUAUCCCUGACUGGUAAAGAAACCGCAGAAAAAUUAGAAAUAAAUGAGAUUUUUCCUGCUGAACUAAGCGCCAUAAUUGGUAUAGGAAAUAAAAUUGUACCCACGCUUGGCCAAGGAGAAAUAAUUUUUCAAAUAGCCGGGUGUGAAAUUUUAACGCAGAUUGUAAUAUUGGAAAAUGAAAUUAGUAAAACAGGAAAAUAUGAUGUAAUUAUUGGAAGAGAAACCCUGAAAAGCCUUCCAUUAUUCCUGGAUUUACAAACGGGUAAAUUAAUCGCGAAAACAUUAAUAAGAAAUUAUCAUAAUAUCGAAAAGGCGAAAAUAAAAUUAAUGGAAAAUAUUGAAUUUAAAAACAAUCACGAAAUAAAUAAAAAUAAUAAUUCACUAAAAAAUUGUGGCUUGAGAAUAGACACAAACUUAACAAACCCAAGCGCAAAACAUACUUAUCAGAAAAACAGUCCCACAAAUAAAAAAGUAAGAAAAAAGUGGGUUGAGGACAAACUUGUGAUAAGACCCCCUAAUUUUAACAUGGGAGAAUCGACAAAGACAGCAGGACCAUCGGAGAAAGACUACAUCCAUCACCAAAAGAUAAGCCUGCCAACGUCAAAACAACGGACAGGACGCACAAAAGCAAACAAGGAAUGGAAUCGGAAAGUAAAUGGACAAAUGCCAGAGGGUAAAAAGAAGAUAAGAAAUGGUGCUCAGCAUUAA